GUUCAAAGUUGACUGCCAGAUUUGCUGUGACGGAUUUCCAUUUUGGAGCGAACGGCUGCUUCCGCCGGCGCCUGUGUCGUGCUCUCUCGUUAUCGUCGCAGAUACAGCGUCUACUUCGAGACGGCUCAUACAGACGCAAUGUUACACCCUUCAUAAUCUUUCCCUUCUACAUUUUACCGGGUUGUGAUGUCCGAAACGGCAGCAGCCUCUCAUAGCGAACGACCCCACGGCAAGUCUCGAUCUCGUUCCCUUGCGGGUCGACAUGUAAGGCGAGAUUAUAUUGUUGGAAUCUGCCUGCUGUUGGUGGUCGUCUUUCUUUGGACAUCAUCCAAUUUCUUGACACAGGUGAGCGAGACUUCUGAUUUAUACCGUCGUUUGAAGUCUUACAUCUGCUUCAAGGGCUUAUUUGAUGACGGCUUUGAGAAGCCCUUCCUCAUCACAUACCUGAGCACGAGUAGCUUCGCGCUAUAUCUCUUACCCUACGCCAUUCGUAAAGUGUUUCGUAAGGACCUUGGCAAUGCCGAUGCACAACACGGCCGAGGUCAUCACGGCUACCAACCCUUAGCGGCUGAAGCUGAUAUUUCAACUAUUCUGACUCCUUCAAGUCCACAAACGCUCCACGGCAACGAACAAGCCGUUGAUGAUACUCUUGUCCCUCUAACUUCACGUGAAACCGCUCGAUUAGCGGCUUGGUUCUGCCUGCUAUGGUUUAUUGCCAAUUGGUCUCUAAAUGCAUCCUUGGAUUACACGAGCGUGGCAAGCGCAACUAUCCUCUCCAGUAUGAGUGGGUUCUUUACCCUUGGAAUAGGCCGUAUAUUCAGAGUGGAGAGUUUAACGACAAUCAAAAUCGUUACCGUCAUCACUAGUUUCGGUGGUGUGCUCCUCGUCUCCCUCUCCGAUACAGCCAAAGCCCUCCCUGCCGACCCUUCCGCGUCUGUACAUGUUACCAACAAUGGCAUUCGCCUCUCACCUUUGUUUGGUGACACCUUGGCGCUUCUAUCAGCCCUUUUCUAUGCCCUCUACGUAAUCCUGUUGAAGGUGAAAAUUCGGUCGGAAUCGCGUAUAGACAUGCAGCUAUUCUUUGGUUUCGUGGGCUUAUUCAGCAUCGUGGCUACAUGGCCAAUAGGAGUCGUCUUGCAUCUCACAGGGCUUGAGAGGUUUGAACUCCCCCAUACCAACAAGACCAUCGCUGCUCUCCUCAUUAAUAUGGCCAUCACGUUGUCCAGUGAUUUCAUCUACGUUAUAGCCAUGCUGAAGACAACUCCUUUGGUGGUCACUGUUGGCCUGUCGUUGACAAUGCCACUUGCUGUCAUCGGUGACUUUGUGCUCAAGAAGCCUGUGAAGUUACAAGUCAUCCUCGGAGCUGCCGUGGUCUUGCUCAGUUUUGUAGCAGUCGGAUUGGAGGAUUCACGAAAUGAGGAGGAACCCGACCUGAUUUCGGGACGUCCGCUUGAAGAGGAGGGAUCUUCCGCUGUCCAACUGGUGGACGAACCGCCAGCUGAACGGGCCUGACGUGGACGUUACAGAUGCUUAUCUUGUAUUAGGAGUUCACGUAGACUUCAUGUAUAUAAUCUCUUGGCAUAUUAUUGGACUCCUGUAUAAAUUAGUGCACCCUUCGAAAUCGCUAUCUCUCGACUGGCUUUAUGGAUGAGAGGUUAGUGGCGUUGAUGCUUUCUU